CUUGGAGGGGGGGACUUUGACCGCGCUGCCGCCGGCGGGGAAUGCUGAGGGUGGCCCCCCGGGCCCUGCUGUGCUGCCCCCCGAGAGCCUCGAGAGCCCCCCAGAGCUUCAGCACCGCGGGCAGCCCCACAGCCAUGGCAGCGUCCCCAGACCCCUCGGUGUCCCCAGGCCCCCCGGGCGGGCUGGUGGCAGUGGCCCAGGUGACAUCCACGGCGGACAAGGAGCACAACUGGCAGCAGUGCUCGGCCCUGGUGCGGCGCGCGGCCGCCAUGGGGGCCCGGGCCGUGUUCCUGCCCGAGGGCUUCGACUUCAUCGGGGACAGUCCCCAGCACAGCCUGCAGCUGGCAGAGCCCCUGCACGGGGACACCGUGCAGCGCUACCGGCAGCUGGCCAGGGACUGUGACGUCUGGCUGUCCCUCGGGGGUUUCCACGAGCGUGGUCAGGACUGGGACAGCACCGGCCGCAUCUACAACUGUCACCUGCUGCUGGACAACUCGGGCUCGCUGGUGGCCCUGUACCGCAAGCUGCACCUCUUUGACGCGGCGCUGCCGGGGCAGCCGGCGCUGAGCGAGAGCUCCUUCACCAACCCUGGCCGGGAGCUGCUGCCCCCCAUCGACACCCCCGUGGGCAAGGUGGGGCUGGCCGUGUGCUAUGAUCUGCGGUUCCCAGAGCUGGCCCAGGCCCUGCGCGGGGCCGGUGCCCAAAUCCUGACCUUCCCCUCGGCCUUCACCGUCCCCACCGGAGCUGCGCACUGGGAGGUGCUGCUGCGUGCCCGUGCCAUCGAGUGCCAGUGCUACGUGGUGGCCGCGGCACAGACCGGCCGCCACAACGCCGCCCGCGCGUCCUUCGGUCACUCGCUGGUGGCCGAUCCCUGGGGCACGGUGGUGGCUCAGUGCCACGAGGGGCCGGGGCUGUGCCUGGCCCACAUCGACCUGCCCUACCUGGAGCAGGUGCGCAGGCAGCUGCCCGUGCACGGCCACCGCCGGGGGGACAUCUACGGGACACCGGGGACACCCACGGGGACACCCACGGGGACACCCACGGGGACACCGGGGACGUGACGGCGCCGGGCGAAUCCGCUCGGAGUUUGCACCGGGUUUGCUUUUCUGUCCCCACAAUGGGAUGGCACAACCCAUGCUCUUUUUGGGGUUCCAGAUCAGCCCCAAAUCUGCACCAAUUCAGCCCAAAAUCUUCCCCCAAAUCAGUCCCAAAUCUGCCCCUUUGUCCCCAAAAUGGGAUGGCACAAUGUGUCCCCCCUGCUCUUUUUGGGGUUCCAAAUCAGCCCCAAAUCUGCAUCAAUCCAGCCCCAAAUCAGUCCCAAAUCUGCCCUUUUGUACCCAAAACUGAAUGGCACAAUUUGUCCUCCCUGCUCUUUUUGGGUUCCAAAUCAGCUCCAAAUCUGCACCAAUUCAGCCCAAAAUCUUCCCCCAAAUCAGUCCCAAAUCUGCCCCUUUGUCCCCAAAAUGGAAUGGCACAAUGUGUCCCCCCUGCUCUUUUUGGGGUUCCAAAUCAGCCCCAAAUCUCCAUCAACAUCAGCCCUAAAUCAGCUCCAAAUCUGCACCAAUUCAGCCCCAAAUCUGCCUUUUUUGUCCCCAAAAUGGAAUGGCACAACGUGUCCUCUCUGCUCUUUUUGGGGUUCCAAAUCAGCCCCAAAUCUCCUACAAUUCAGCCCCAAAUAUGCAUCAAUUUAGUCUGAAAUCAAUCCCAAAUGUGCAUCAAUUCAGUCCCAAAUCAGUCCCAAAUCUGCCCUUUUGUCCCCAAAACUGAAUGGCACAUUGUGUCCUCC